UGUUAAAAAGGCGCGUGAGGUUGAACUAGAAAACAAGAUUCCAUGUUCAAAUCCCCAACACUAACUACAAAAUCUGAGUGUUGCCCAGUUCUUCAGCUACUUCAAUUAUCAUUCCUUCUCUUCUUUUUUUCUCUCUCUCUCUUACCCACUUUCUCUAACUAAAUCCAUUUCAUUUUGUUCUCUCUCUUCUUCACUAAAUCCAUAACCUUUCUUCAAAACUCACUACCAAUGACUUGAGUUGAGAUAUGGGCUUUCUCCGGCGUCUUUUCGGCGCCAAAAAAUCGGGUCCUCCCUCUGACGGGUCGGGUUCUAAAUCUGGCGGCAAGGACAAAAGGAGAAGAUGGAGCUUCGGCACACACAGCAUCAAGAACAAGGCACUCCCACCACCCCCCGUCGUCAACCACUUUGACCUCUCCACCUCCUUGGACGCCAACAAACAUGCCAUCGCUGUUGCCGCCGCUACCGCCGCCGUCGCCGAGGCCGCUCUCGCCGCUGCCCACGCCGCCGCUGAGGUAGUCAGACUGACAAGCGGCGGUGUCGGCGGAAGUAGCACUGGCAGCAGGCCCGCCACCGCGGCGCAUGUUGGCCAGCGGCGGUGGCUGGAGUUGACCGCCGCCGUUAAGAUACAGUCGGCGUUCCGUGGUUACUUGGCAAGGAGGGCAUUGAGAGCACUAAAAGCUUUGGUGAAGUUGCAAGCAUUGGUUAGGGGUCACAUUGUGAGAAAGCAAACUGCAGAUAUGCUCAGGCGCAUGCAAACAUUGGUGCGACUUCAGGCCCAGGCACGUGCAAGUCGUGCGCACUUGUCAGAUAAUAUGCAUUCUUUCAAGUCUUCACUUUCUCGUUACCCUGUCCCUGAAGAACAUGAGCACCCACUUCGUGCCUACAGUACAAAAUUCGAUGGUUCUUCUAUCCUGAAGAGAUGUAGUUCCAAUGCAAAUUUUAGGAACAUUGAUUCAGAGAGAACACGGUUUGGUUCCAAGUGGUUAGACAGUUGGAUGGAAGAUAAUGUGUGCAGCCAAACCGGAGAUGCUUCAUUGAAAAAUGGACACACUGAUGAUGAUAGAAGUGACAAGAUUCUUGAAGUAGAUACUUGGAAGCCACACUUCAACUCUCACCAUAGUAGCAGCUCCUUUCAGACAGCACAUUAUCAUUUGAGUUCUGAUUAUAAUAAUAAUGAGAACUUUAUGGCUUAUGAAUCUCCAUCAAAACGUUCAACAAAGGCUCUAAAUCAAGGUCACUCAUCAAGGGAGGUGUUACCGAUAAACUCUUUGAAGUUUCACAAAGGAAAAGAAGAAGUAUCUUCUUCUCGAACUGCUGAUAAUAGUCCAAUAGCAUUUUCUGCCUCGUCUAGAACAGCAAGUGGUGCAAGGAGAGGUCCCUUUACGCCUACCAGGAGUGAGUGUUCAUGGGGUUUCUUCAGUGGCUAUUCGGGUUACCCCAAUUACAUGGCAAACACUGAAUCUUUUCGAGCUAAGGUUAGAUCACAGAGUGCACCAAGACAAAGGUUAGAGUUUGACAGAUACGGUUCCACUAGGAGGCCUUUUCAGGGUCUUUGGGAUGUGGGGCCUAACUCAGAUCAGGAUUCUGAUUUAAGGAACAAAGUCUUACCUACCUCGAGCCGUUUGAACAGAAUUGAGAGUACCAAUUUGAGUUGAAAUUUAAUGUGUUAUGAAUCAAGACAAUCCCUACUUUUUUCCAAAAGCAAAAAAAGAAAAGAAAAGAUAUAUGUUUCCUUUGGUUUGGUUUGGUUUUUGUGUGUGUGUGGGGAAGCAGUUUCAGAAUGUAAUUAUUUUAACACUAGUCGUAUAGUCUUUUUUUCUAUACACGAUCUAAAUCCCCGUUGUUGAUGUUACAAGUUUGUAUUUGUUGAUUCAUGAAUGAUGACUUGGUUUGACUGUUUUGCUU